AACCGGCUCUUUCUUGAGUGAUGAUUUUGAAAAAUAUUUUCUGUGAUUUAGUAAAAAUUAAGCAACUACGACAACCAACGGCCUUUUCCGCACUGUAUCGAACCAUCUUUACGACUAUCGACAAGAUGAAAUACCUAAACCAGCAGGAAGCCAUCAGCGUGGACGAGGAACUCUUCAACGAGUACAAAUUCAGCGUAGAUCAGUUGAUGGAGCUAGCCGGCCUGAGCUGCGCUCACGCCAUCAACGAUUGUUAUGGAUCCAUGCCCAGUACCAACAAACGAAAGGUCCUGAUAUGUUGCGGUCCUGGAAAUAACGGAGGAGAUGGCCUUGUGGCCGCUCGACAUUUGACGUUGAUGAACUUUGAAGCUCACGUAUACUAUCCGAAGCGCACGGAGAAAGAUCUGUUCAUCAAUUUGCAACAUCAGUGUGAAUCUAUGGGAAUUACGGUGUCCAAAGAGUGUCCCAGCUUGGAAUGGGUCGAUCGAGAGUUUGGACUGAUUGUGGAUGCUCUAUUUGGAUUCAGUUUCAAACCUCCAGUCCGGGAGUCGUUUGUGCCGAUUAUGGACGUUCUGAAGCAAAGCAAAGUGCCGAUUGUAAGUGUGGACAUUCCCAGUGGAUGGCACGUGGAGGAAGGUCCACAGGAUGAGCACAGCAUCAAACCGGAUUGUCUAAUCUCGUUGACGGCACCGAAGCUAUGCGCCAAAAAAUUAGCGAAUGCGAAACACUAUCUCGGUGGACGGUUCGUUCCACCGAAAUUGCAGGAAAAAUAUGCAAUGCAAUUGCCUUCUUACGAUGCCAACAAUCUCUUCGUUAAGCUUUCUUAAAGUGCUAUUUUUUUCUUUUUCGGAGGUUUUGGGACUUUA